AUGCCAACCGAAGAAUCGGUUCUCAAUUCAUUUUUGCUCAAUAGUGAACUUGCAGAUAACUUGACACUCAAACAAUUCAUUAACCUUUUCCCUACAGCAUACAGAAAAGAAUCUCUUAUCAAAACUUUAUAUAGAGAAUUUCAAUUGGAACGUAAUAGAAUUAGAGAAACCAUAAAAGAAAAUAUAGUUGAAGAGUGUAAAAAGCCUGAACAAUGGGGUAAUCUUGAUAAUGCUAUUGAAACUUUGACUGUAGCAGAGAAACGAAUGUCACGUGAAAUCAAUAAAAUGGAUGAAGAUUGUAAAAGAUUCUUUGAGAAAAUCGAAAAUAUCAACAAUGAGUUGAAUGAUGUGGUAUAUGGUAGAAUUCCAAAAGGAGGUUUUGGUCAAGAAGAUGAUAUUGAGAGAUUGAAGUUAUUAACGAUAUCAUGUGAUGAGGAAUUAUUAGAAUUUCUUUAG